UGGAACGUGGAUGUCGACUCGACCCCAACCUCUGCACGCUCUCCACACCGCACGAAAUAAUGCUUCGCUCGCUGUGAUCUGCCAGCGCCGAACCAGCUGACAUCAUCAACACGCGGAGUGGAAGCUGGUGCUGCACGCCGCCGCAGCACGAUAACGUUGUAAGGGCGGACUGGACCCUGAUAUUGGAGCUGGCCAUCGCGUAGCGGAGGGAGAGCAGCACACACGCCCGCCAUGGCACACAUCUACGACAUUGGGACGCGGGCAUGGCAGCCGGACACGACCGAGGGCUGGGUGGCCUCGGAGGUCACGGACAAGCAGAUUGACGGCGACAAGGUGAAGCUGGUCUUCCAGCUGGAGAAUGGAGAGAGCAAAACCGUCGAGACGACGCUGGUAGCCAUCCAGACCGGCAACGACCCGAAUCUGCCGCCGCUGAUGAACCCGGCCAUGCUCGAGGCCAGCGACGACCUGACCAACCUGUCACAUCUCAACGAGCCGGCCGUGCUCCAGGCCAUCAAGCUGCGGUACCUGCAGAACGAAAUCUACACCUACUCCGGUAUCGUCUUGAUCGCGACCAACCCCUUCGCACGCGUCGACUCGCUCUAUGUCCCUGGCAUGGUGCAGGUCUAUGCCGGCAAGCAGCGAUCCUAUGGCGCCCCCCACUUGUUCGCUAUUGCCGAAGAAGCCUUUGCCGACAUGUUGCGAGACCAGAAGAACCAGACCAUCGUCGUUUCUGGAGAGUCUGGUGCGGGUAAGACGGUCAGCGCUAAAUACAUCAUGCGAUACUUCGCUACGCGCGAGUCGCCCGACAACCCAGGGAAGCGGCGAGGCAAGAUCGACUCCAUGUCCGAGACAGAAGAGCAGAUUCUGGCCACCAACCCAAUCAUGGAAGCCUUCGGUAACGCCAAAACCACGCGAAACGACAACUCCUCCCGUUUCGGUAAAUACAUCGAGAUCAUGUUCAACAAGCAGACGGACAUUAUCGGCGCGAAGAUCAGGACAUACCUGCUCGAACGGUCGAGGUUGGUGUUUCAGCCGCUUAAGGAGCGGAAUUACCACAUCUUCUACCAGCUCGUGGCAGGUGCCACGGAUGCCGAGCGACAGGAGCUGUCUUUGAAGUCGGUCGAGGACUUCAGCUACCUCAACCAGGGUAGCGCACCAGUCAUCGAUGGCAUGGACGACAGGGCCGAGUUCGAGGCGACAAAGAGCUCCUUGACAAAGAUUGGUGUUUCGCAAGAGACACAGGCUCAAAUUUUCCGCCUUCUUGCGGCUCUGUUGCACAUUGGAGAUGUCAAGAUCACAGCGACACGGACAGAUUCGAACCUUGCACCAGACGAGCCUGCGUUGGUGAAGGCUUGCGGUCUUCUCGGAAUCGAUGCCAGCAGCUUUGCGAAAUGGACAGUCAAGAAGCAGCUGAUCACAAGAGGAGAGAAGAUUGUCUCGAAUUUGACACAGCAGCAGGCCGUGGUCGUACGAGACUCCGUCGCCAAGUUCAUCUACUCGAGUCUCUUCGACUGGCUGGUUGAGCGCACCAACGAGAGCCUGGCAACAGAGGAGGUUCUUUCGCACGCCCACUCCUUCAUUGGCGUCCUGGAUAUCUACGGCUUCGAGCAUUUCGCUAAGAACUCGUUCGAGCAGUUCUGUAUCAACUACGCUAACGAAAAGCUGCAACAAGAGUUCAACGCACACGUCUUCAAGCUGGAGCAGGAGGAGUACAUGCGCGAACAGAUCGACUGGACUUUCAUCGACUUUGCGGACAACCAGCCCUGUAUCGAUCUGAUCGAAGGCAAGCUCGGUAUUCUCUCUUUACUCGACGAGGAGUCUCGCCUGCCUAUGGGUUCGGAUGAGCAGUUUGUCACUAAGCUGCACCACAACUACUCUGGAGACAAGCACAAGUUCUACAAGAAGCCGCGAUUCGGCAAGUCCGCCUUCACUGUUUGCCAUUACGCUGUGGAUGUCACUUACGAAUCCGAUGGUUUCAUUGAGAAGAACAGAGAUACUGUGCCAGAUGAGCACAUGGAGGUGCUGAGGGCUUCGUCCAACCAGUUCCUGAUCGAGAUCUUGGAUGUUGCUUCGUCCAUCCGUGAGAAGGAGACUGCUGGAAACGCAGCAGCGAAGCCAGGAACCACAAUGUCCGCCGGCCGAAGGAUAGCAACCAACAGGAAACCUACCCUGGGAGGUAUCUUCAAGUCUUCGCUCAUCGAGCUCAUGGCCACCAUCAACUCGACCGACGUUCAUUAUAUUCGUUGUAUCAAGCCAAACGAGGCAAAGGCCGCCUGGCAGUUCGACGGUCCUAUGGUUCUGAGUCAGCUGCGCGCUUGUGGUGUUCUCGAGACAGUCAGGAUCAGUUGUGCUGGAUACCCCACAAGAUGGACAUAUGAGGAGUUCGCUCUCCGCUACUACAUGUUGGUACAGUCCUCAGGUUGGACACCUGAGAUUCGAGACAUGGCCAAAGCCAUCCUGAACAAGGCACUGGGUAACAGCAAGAACGACGGAACCGACAAGUACCAGAUGGGUCUUACCAAGAUCUUCUUCCGCGCAGGCAUGCUUGCGUUCCUCGAGAACCUGCGAACAGCGAGGUUGAACGAUGCCGCUAUCCUGAUUCAGAAGAACCUCAGGGCCAAGUACUACCGCCGUAUCUACCUGGAGAUGCGACAAGCCAUUGUCGCCGUGCAGUCUCUGGCAAGAGGCUACAUGACCAGGGAGCGUGCUGAGGAGGCUAGGCAAGUCAAGGCUGCCACCACCAUUCAGAGGGUAUGGCGCGGAUCCAAGGACCGAAAGCGAUUCCACAUGGUGCGACAGUCCGUCAUCUUGUUCGAGGCCGCAGCGAAGGGUUUCCUCUGCCGCAAGAACAUCCUUGACACGAGGCUUGGCAACGCCGCCCGUAUCAUUCAGCGCACAUGGAGGUCACAAAGAUCGCUCAAGGCCUGGAGGCAAUACCGCAAGAAGAUCGUUCUUAUUCAGAACCUGUGGCGAGGAAAGAAGGCGCGAAAGGAGUACAAGGUUCUCCGUGCCGAGUCUCGCGAUCUGAAGAACAUCUCUUACAAGUUGGAAAACAAGGUCGUCGAGCUCACACAGACUCUUGGCUCCAUGAAGGAGCAGAACAAGUCUCUGAAGCAGCAAGUGGACAACUACGAGAACCAGAUCAAGUCGUACAAGGAGAGGAGUCGAGCUCUCGAAAACAGGCAGAAGGAGCUGCAGGUCGAGGCCAACCAGGCUGGUAUCACCGCAGCCAAGCUGAGCCAGAUGGAGGACGAGUUCAAGAAGCUGCAGACCAACUACGACGAGAGCACCGCCAAGAUGCGUCACCUGCAGGAAGAGGAGAAGCAGCUGCGCGCUUCCCUCAAGCAGACCACCGACGAGCUCGACAACUCCAGGAGGAGGAGCAACGUCACCGAGACCGAGAAGUUGUCUCUCCGCCAGCAACUGGCCGAGCUCCAGGAGCAGGUCGAGUUGAUGAAGCGCUCCGGACCGAUCAACAGCACGUUGGAGAACGGCAGCACACCUAUCGCAGCGAGCAGUUUGAUCAACCUCGUCUCCUCGAAGAAGCCCAAGAGGCGAAGUGCUGGACCCGACACUCGCGACCUGGACCGUUUCAGCGCUACAUACAACCCCCGACCCGUCUCGAUGGCCGUCGGCUCGACCGUCCACAGGCAGAACUUGUCUGGUUCCACAUUUGCGCAGCUUGAUAACGUCGAGCUUGAGCUUGAGAACAUCCUGGCUGAUGAAGACAUGCUCAACGACGAGGUCACUCUAGGUCUCAUCAAGAACCUGAAGAUUCCCUCCCCUACCACCACACCUCCUCCCACAGACAAGGAGGUCCUUUUCCCCGCCUAUCUCAUCAACCUCGUCACCUCUGAAAUGUGGAACAACGGCUUCGUCAAGGAGUCUGAGCGCUUCCUUGCGAACGUUAUGCAGUCCAUCCAGCAAGAAGUCAUGCAGCAUGACAGCGACGACGCGAUCAACCCUGGCGCUUUCUGGCUGUCGAACGUUCACGAGAUGCUCUCCUUCGUCUUCCUUGCUGAGGACUGGUACGAGCAGCAGAAGACUGACAACUACGAGUACGACCGCCUGCUUGAGAUUGUCAAGCACGAUCUGGAGAGUCUUGAGUUCAACAUUUACCACACAUGGAUGAAGGUGCUCAAGAAGAAGCUGCACAAGAUGAUCAUUCCCGCCAUCAUCGAGUCGCAAUCUCUGCCCGGUUUCGUCACCAACGAGAGCAGCCGUUUCCUCGGCAAGCUUCUCCAGGGCAGCAACACCCCCGCCUACAGCAUGGACAACCUGCUCAGCCUGCUGAACAGCGUCUACAAGGCCAUGAAGGCCUUCUACCUCGAAGACACAAUCAUCAACCAGUGCGUCACCGAGCUCCUCCGCCUCGUCGGCGUCACCGCCUUCAACGACCUGCUCAUGCGCCGCAACUUCCUCUCGUGGAAGCGCGGUCUGCAGAUCAACUACAACAUCACCCGCAUCGAAGAGUGGUGCAAGUCGCACGACAUGCCCGAAGGCACACUGCAGCUCGAGCACCUGAUGCAGGCCACUAAGCUGCUGCAGCUGAAGAAGGCUACGCUCAACGACAUCGAGAUCAUCCAGGACAUCUGCUGGAUGCUGUCCCCCAACCAGAUCCAGAAGCUGCUCAACCAGUACCUUGUUGCCGACUACGAGCAGCCUAUCAACGGCGAGAUCAUGAAGGCUGUCGCCAGCAGGGUUACGGAGAAGAGCGAUGUGUUGUUGUUGACAGCGGUCGAUAUGGAGGACUCUGGGCCGUAUGAGAUUGCGGAACCGCGCGUUAUUACCGCGCUGGAGACGUAUACUCCUUCUUGGCUGCAAACUCCCCGCCUCAAGCGCCUCGCGGAGAUAGUAUCGCAGCAGGCGAUUGCGCAGCAGGAGAAGAUGGAAUUCGACGGGCCAAGCCCCAACGAGAACGGCAACGGAGCCAAUGGCUUCCACGAGCAGCCCAUCAUGGAGGAGGUCGGCGCGUAGACGCCAGGCACGGAGGAAUCAGCGUGAGGAUGCAUACACUAGACAUGACGCAUAUGAGUACUUGUAGUUGUAGCUGGGUCGCCGGCUGAUCACAUCUGGCGCUAUGGCAUAGGAUGCGAAAUUUGGGUAUGUAAUGUCGGAUUCAUAUAGCUUCCGCAUGUAUGUGCAAUGAAGUUGAGUUUGGGCCUGGGGCGCAG